UUUCCAUUACUGCAAAAUAAUCGCCACCUGUCAAUGGCUUUAUCAUCUUUUCUCUCUCCUCCUUCUUCCUCUCCACACUCAUUUCGCCGACUCAUCCUAUCCCCUAAUUCCGCCCUUAAUGUCUCUUCUUUCCCCCAAAAACACAACGUCGCUUACUGGACCAUCAAUUCGGCUUCUUCUUCUUCUUCUUCAACCGAACAGCGAUGGAGAAGGAAUGUCUCAUUCUUUACCGGUUUCCUGAACAACAAGUCUCCCAAGGACGCAAACGCAAUCAAAGAAGAACUCCUCGACGCCAUUGCAUCACUAGAUCGCGGCGCUGAUGCUGGACCGGAAGAUCAGGAGAGAGUCGAUAAGAUUGCUAUCAAGCUUGAAGCUGCCAAUCCAACUAAGGAGCCUCUCAAAUCCAGUUUACUUGAUGGGAAAUGGGAACUUAUAUACACGACCUCCAGAUCUAUCUUGCAGAUAGAGAGACCAAAAAUUUUGAGGUCAAGGACAAAUUACCAAGCAAUAAACGUGGAAACACUUAGGGCUCAGAAUAUGGAAUCUUGGCCAUUUUUUAACCAGGUAACCGCGGAUUUAACACCCUUGAAUGCAAGAAAGGUCGCUGUAAAAUUCGAUUACUUCAAAAUCUUAGGCUUGAUACCUGUUAAAGCACCCGAUAGAGCUCGAGGAGAGCUGGAAAUAACUUAUUUGGACGAUGAGCUGAGGGUAUCUAGGGGCGAUAAGGGAAACUUGUUCAUCCUAAAAAUGAUCGAUCGGUCUUACAAAAUCCCCACGUGAAGCAUCACAAAUAAUUCCGAUAUAAUUCCGAUUACUGAUGAUUACACAUCACAUAAUUUUUAGUGCAUUAUUACUCUAUUGUAUUGUAAUUGUCUUCUCUCUUUUUUGCACUAUGUUACAUGAUGUCGGAGAUGAUUAGCUUGGAUUUUCAAUCAUGACAUCUCGGGCUUUCAGUAUUCCAUUAAAAUCGAACUUUAGAACCUUGAUUUGAUUCAAGUAUAAUUACUAGUAUUACUUUUAUAUAUACUAGUAUGAAUUGCACUGAU